ACAAGAUGGCGGUGCGCAUAAACGAACCUUAUGUUUCGUCUUGUCGAUAAAUUUCUAACUAUGGAAGACUUAAGCGGGAAAAAUGUAACUGAAAAAGAAGAGGAGGACUGCUAUGCAAUUGUGGGUAACAUUCCAAAAGAAUUUCACUCUUCUGAUUUGCGAGCAAUGUUCUCUAACUUCAUCAACGAUGAAUCAAAGGGUUUUAAGUGUUUCCAUUUCCGUCAUCGUCCUGAGUUCAGACAUGAGGCGGGAUCGAGUGGCGAAGAUAAAGAAAUUAAGACGUCCUCGACCACGUGCUGUGUCAUAUUUAUCCUAAAGACAAAUCUUCAAGACCUAAUCAAUUGUUAUCAUGGCAAGAACUGGGUUGACCGACAUGGAAAAUAUUUCCCUUCUAAGGCAUUUAUAUCAAAAAUCAGAGUUAAAGAAGGAGAAGGUUGGUGUUGAUGUCACCCUUAACUUAAUUAGAUUGAGAGAUAGGUUAAUGUAACCUUUUUGUUAGAGCUCAUAGGUAGACAUUUUGGCUCAUCAUUAAGAGUGUCACAAAAACUCAGGUCCCUGACCCCUGAAAAACUCAGAGCCCUGGGUGUCUUGUAAACUCAGACCUCUUUAUUCCAACCUUUAUUAAAAUUUGUUGCGCUUAACAAUUUAAAUAGAUAAAUAUGCACACUAUAGCACAGUCAUGGUUUGCAUCUUCAAAGUGAGAGCUUGCUUCAGUCUUUUCUGUGCAAAGAAAUCAGAAAAUAAAAAAAAUUGAAUGGUUUUUGUCUGCCAGAUGAAAUAGAGUAGUUGCUAAAUUUCCCAAAGAAUGAGGUUCAUUGGGGAGAGAUGUGUGUUGUGUGAUACUUGAAAUUUCACUAUUAAUACAAUGUCAAAUAUUUAGCCAUGAAAAUGUUAUGCUUCAAAAAAUCUGUGAAUUUAAUUAAGAUCCUCUCCCUCCUUAAACUUUUCUAGCCUAUCAUUAAAUAAAAUAAGUAUUAUUUCUCAACUUAUACAGAACACUUUAGCUCAUGUGUUACAAAUUUCCCUUCUUUUUCUUAGGUUCUUCAGAAGACCUUUAUAGAACAAAACAAGAAAAAAAACAAAAUCUUUCUCCAAGGACAAACUUGGAGUUUUCACAACAUGACCUUAGAGAAAUGAUAGAGCUUCACCCUCCUGCUUUGAUGCCCAAUGGAAAUGUUGGAACAUCCUUGUCUAUAUUUAGGGAAUUGAUAAGAACUUGCAAGCUACCUCCUCAUGUGAUCAAAAAACUAGAUCUUAAUUUUUCUAUUGGAAAGUCCAAAAAGAAGUACAGCAAUGUUCCACUGGAUUACACAAGCCUGGAAAAAGGAAGGGUUCUUUUGAAAUCAGCACCAAAUGACAGAGACCACCACUUGGGAAUGAAUGCAAAACAAAGUGAUUUACUGAGGGAGAGUUCUUUGUUAACUACUGAUAGACCAGAAACUCAAAGUUCCAAACAGGAUAAUGAUGAAAAUGUUUCUGAGAGAGAAGAUAAUGAUGUGGUUUAUGCCAGUGGUGGUAAUGGUGAGAGCGAUGAAGAGGAAUGGGAGAGACAUGAAUCAUUGCACAAUGAUGUCACAAGUCAGGAACGCACAAAAGAGAGAUUAUUUGAAGAGGAUAUUGAACUUAAGUGGGAGAAAGGUGGUAGUGGGCUUGUCUUUUACACUGAUGCAGCAUUUUGGAAACAACAUGAAGAAGCAGACUUUGAUGAGGAAACUGCAGAUGAUUGGGAUGUGGAUAUGGAAAUUUAUGAAAAUCCAGGUACGAAUGUCAUUACAAUUUUCCCCCUAAAAAGUGUUAGUAGGAAGUUAAUGGCUAGGAAAAAAAAAUAAUAUUAAUAAACAUUGACUUCUUAAGCAUGCAGUAUUUACUGGGAAUACUGCAAGUAUUACUAUUAAUAUGCUUUGGUAUAAUUUUGUGUCUCUUUAGAUGUCACUAUUUGUAAGACUUAUAGAGGAAAGAAUAGCCAUGUAGAAGAUGUACUUGAAUGCUGCUACACUAUAAUUAUAUCUGGAAUAAGUUCAAUGUUUUUCAGUCUCUAAUGCUUGCCAACUUGAAACCAUGUUGAAUUUUUAUUGCAAAAAGUUUUGUUUUCUCACAUUAAAGAAGUUGCAUUGCUUUACUCAAUGUUGGAUUUUGGGAUAUUGUUGUUGAUUGAAAGGAGAUCUUUAAGCAAGAAUUAUUUUUUCAUUGAGAAAGCAAAUGCAAUGGUUGAAAUUCAAUCAAAAGGGAUCGAUGUUGGCUAAGAACGGAGAAGAUAAACAUCAAUAUGAAAGAAUUAGCCUGCGAGCAGGCACUCAUUUUUCGUACUCUAGGACACUUGUUUUUCCACCUGCAGUCAGGGGGACAUUUGUUAGGAGUGUGCCAUUUUUAGUGCUUGACUCUUAGCAGAUCUUUUCUCGGCUGAAUUCAAAAGGCACUAACUUUCUUGCUGGUAAGAAACACUUGUGUCAGUGCAAACAAUGACAGCCUGCUUUAGGCUAAGAAAGAAUGAUCUAAAGAGAUUUAGCCAAACUUUUUCAAGUUGCAAAGGCGACUAUACAGCUCAUGGAAAAAAAAAAUAUUAUUUUGCUUGCAGGUGGAGGUGACAAAGAUUCCAGAGACCUUCUUCAGAUGCGUAUAGAAAAGCAAUGGAGGAAGGGAAAUGAUAUUGACUUAAAUCAAAUAGGAGGGUUUGAGAAACACACUAAAGGAUUUGGAGGCCAAAUGAUGAGAAAGCAAGGCUGGAAAGAAGGUGGAUGUCUUGGUUCAUCUCAGAAAGGAAUCACAGAACCUGUUUUUGCUGAAGGACAAUUACCAAAGUGUAAGAGAGGCUUGGGUUACUAUGGUGAGAAGUUACAGCGACAUGUAAAACGAACAAAAGUUGAAAGAAUUAUAUCAACUGUUUACGAUGAACUGGAGAGCAAUGAAGAGAAUCUGUUUGAAUCUUGGAGACCUGAUAAACUAAAGAAUCGAGUGGCAAAUGAAUGAGCAGCAAAAGUAGUUGGCAUGCCUCCCCUUAGUAGGUGGUUGACAGCCUUUAGUGACCAUUUUGUUAAAACUGGGUGAAAUUGAAUUGGGGGAGAGGGGAAGUUGUAUGGAAGGUGUUAAAAGAAAAUAAAGUAAGAAAGUCAUGGUGUGUGCCAAGACUAUUGCCACUUAUUGUCAGUAGGUUUUAACCUCCUGCAGUUGGUUAAAAAGCCCAGAAAAUAAUUUAUUUAUCUAAACCUUAUAAAAAUUGAAUAUAGGAAUUUAUGAUACUUACCACUUAUUCAUUUUGAGCUCUCAAGAGUAACUUAACCUUUUGAAAAUUGUUUUCAAAUGUUCUAAAAACUGGACUUCUCUGUUGAUGCUGUGAUUUUGAAACAUCCAUGGAAAUUAAGCCACCAACUGUGAAGUCUUACUCCUCUUCUGUUUAUCUUUUGGCAAUCUUUUUUAACCAUUGGGAGC